AAGUUUCCAACAAAAAAGGUUUGCGACAUUGAAAGACAAACGCGUCUUCUUCACCCAUUCCCUCUUCUUCUUCUUCUGUAUAUUAUCCAGAGUUUAUGUUUCUCUCUUGGUGGUUCAUAAUCAUAAAGAACAUUGCUUAAUUCUUCGUGGCGUCGUCUGUUUUACUCUUUGACUUCAAUCCACACUGCUUGCAAGAUUCGAUCUCUCUGCCUCAUUAUUCCGAUGGUCUUUGGAUCGUUCUUCUCUUCUCUCAAGUUCUGGGGAAAUUCUCAGGAACAGGAGCCGCAGAGAGGGAGGAUGCAGGAGAUAGAUCUCGGCAUCCACACUAUAAGAAGCCACGGAGGCAGCGUCGCCUCUAAACACAAACACGACUGGAUCAUACUCGUGAUCUUGGUGGCCAUCGAGAUCGGUUUGCAGCUCAUAUCUCCUUUCUACAGAUACGUCGGUAGAGACAUGAUGACUGAUCUCAAAUACCCUUUUAACGACAACACCGUCCCUGUCUGGUCAGUACCAAUCUACGCUGUGCUGCUCCCAAUCAUAAUCUUCGUCUGUUUCUACAUGAAGAGGACAUGCGUGUACGAUCUUCACCACAGCAUUCUCGGGCUUCUCUUCACGGUUUUGAUAACUGGUAUCAUCACUGACUCCAUCAAGCUCGCCACCGGACGCCCUCGUCCUAACUUCUACUGGCGCUGCUUCCCUGACGGGAAAGAGGUGUACAACGCGUUGGGUGGUGUGAUAUGCCAUGGUAAACCAGGAGAGGUUAAAGAAGGUCACAAAAGCUUCCCGAGUGGACACACGUCUUGGUCUUUCGCGGGACUUGGUUACCUUUCGCUGUACUUAUCUGGUAAAGUCAAGGCCUUUAACAGAGAAGGGCAUGUGGCUAAGCUCUGCAUUGUGUUUGCUCCUCUCCUCGCGGCUUGUCUCGUGGGGAUAUCGCGUGUGGAUGACUACUGGCAUCAUUGGCAAGACGUCUUUGCUGGAGCUCUUAUUGGCCUCUUUGUGGCUGCCUUUUGUUACCGUCAGUUUUAUCCUAACCCUUACCACGAAGAAGGGUGGGGUCCUUAUGCUUAUUUUAGAGCGGUGCAGGAGCGUGGACAAGCGCAGAAUGGAGAUGCGUUGAGGACAAUGUCUUUGCAGGUGGAACCAACUUCUCUUGAAAACAUGGAAUCUGGUACUUCAUCUGUUCGAAGAUGAUUGAUUAGUUCCUCUUCUUUCGUCAUUUGAUUAUUUGGCUUCUUCUUUUUUUUCCAUUUUGGUCGUCGUGAGAGCGUGGAUGAAGUCGUUGCAUAUGUGCAUUUUUUAACCUUAACUAGUACUCUUACAUUUGUAAGUAGAUCUAUUCUUCAUAACCUUAAUCAGAGUCGAGAAGAUGGCACCAUAUAUCUAUAUUCCGAUUA